CUUGAAGAUGUCCCAAAGGCACUCAGCCAGCCAGGGAGCAGGCAGCAAAGUGGACUCCCCUGUUGUCAAGUGGCCCAGCCUCAGAGACUUUGGUCUUACAUCUUCCUUUCAACAUGAGUUGUCAGAGACUUGCAGCUUCAAUAGGAAAGAGAAAGACCCAGCGUUAACCUGUGGGCAUCUUGAAACUCCAAGCCGAGGCUCAGGCAAUCCCGCAGCAUCUCCCACUCAGAGAAGGAAACCUGUGUUCUCAAGGAAGGAGAAGGGGGGAAGCCCAGAGCUCUGCGAGACCCCCAAAGCCAGAAGGAAACCGCGCCUCUUACGCAGGCGGCUUGAUCUAUCUUUCACGCUUCUGAAGGGGGACUCUGACCCUCAGAACGGUUCUCUGGAAAGCAGCGCAAGAUACGUUCUUAGCCCAGGAAAGCAUAUCACAGACAGCACUUCCGGUUUCACAAAGCAGGACAACUUUAGUCCAUUAGUUAUCAGCACAAUAAAAACAGAGGAUGCGACUUCCAGCAGCCAGAGCUCAAGGUUAAGCUUUUCCCAGCACAAGACUUCCACAAUCGAUGACUCCACGGAAGAAUGUGGUUUAUUCGAAGUGGAGUGUCUAUCUCCAAUUCAAGGUGAUGAUUUUAAAGGUUCUAUUACACACGACUUUAGCGACAGCAGUUUAAGUGUUAGUGAUGAGAACACAUGUCCGGAACUUCUAGGCUCCUCUGGUAGCCAGACAUCCUCUGGAGCAAAUGUAACCACAUCUGUAACUCCAGUGAGUAGUUGCAUAUCAAAAAUUAGAUUUAAAGGGAGCCAAGCACUUUCUUCUUCAGCAGAGGUGCGAGACAGCGUUUCCACACCCGAAGACAGUGGUUUUAGCUCCCUUACCUGGGAUAAGUCAGAAGAUUCCCUCUCCGACCAAGAGGGCUCUUUGCAAGAGCUGUUUCAGAAGCACAGGGGAACUCCCAGAGCGGGGGACCUGACAAGAAAGCCAAAGCAUCUUGGAAGGCAGAGAAGACUGUCCACCCUCCGGGAGCAAGGCUCCCAGUCAGAGACAGAAGAUGAAGAGCAAAUGGUCCCUGCAGUGGGCGCUGCUUCAGGCAUCUCGGGGGAUCCGCGAGGCUCCGAUAUGAAGAUCUGGGAUUCUACUCUAAGCUUUAAGAACUUAUCAAAUACCCCAGCCUUACAGUUAGUGCACGAGCUCUUUGUUAAAAGCAAAAGGAAGCGAUUCCCGCGGGAGGAUGGCCAGGAGUUCUUUGAGGAAAGGCACGAGGGGACAAUAGGCAGAUUGCAGUGUAUUCUGGCCGGACUGAUUGGCAAGAAGAUGGGCAUAGAGCAGCUGGAUAUCUUAACAGAAUUACAAUAUAGAAAUUUAAAGCAUGUCUUAGCUAUGGUUUUAGAUUCCUUGACUUCAGAGAGUUUAUACAGUGCCUGGAACGUCAGCAGAAACUGGCGUGAAAUUGUGGCUCAGGAUAAAAGGGCAAACGAGAGGAGGAAACUUUAUAUCAUACAGCUGAAGGCAGGUGCUCAGGCGGCUGUGUUACACGUUCGUGAGGCUGGCACUCGGCUCCAGCUCCUAAAUCGCUCGGCCUUAAGAUCAGUGCAGGCACAGGCACCGGCUGCCACUUCUCAGAAGGAGCAAGCGCCGACUCUGUCCCCUUGGGGAGAUGUUUUGACACCUGUAGCAAGUUCCUCCCUCACCCACCUAAGGAGUAAACAGGAUCAGUAUGUGAAGGUUGCCAGGACGCUUUUCAGUGAUGAAGCCCUAAAACCUUGUCCACGGUGCCAAUCCCCUGCUAAGUACCAGCCAUAUAAGAGAAGGGGGCUGUGCAGCCGUUUGGCCUGUGGCUUUGACUUUUGUGUGUUAUGUCUGUGCGCUUAUCAUGGGUCGGAAGAAUGCAGAGGAGGGCCCGCAAAGCCGCGGAGUACUAAAGAUGCUUUGCCAGGGAGUGCCCAAAGCAAGCGGAAUUUAAAACGGCUCUAAGGAGAGACUGCUGGCCCGGUUCCGUCUGACUUAAAAUUAUGACUAUUUUGAACACAUGCAAAUCUUCCCGUUGAUGAUAGAUGAUGAUUUAUUUCCUGUUUUAUAUAUGUUAUAAUGCACCCCAUUGUAUAUUUUCUUUAAAGCGAUGAGUUUUGAGAGAAUUUUAUUUUAGUAUUUCAUAU